CACUCAUUCAUUGGUUCAUGCGCGUUCACAGUAAUAACACCAUUGGACACCAGCUGCUACACAAUGAUGCCAAACUGGGAUUAAAGACGCUGCCUCUCCGGACAAAAUAUCUCGGAUUCAGUAUCGACUUUUAUCUCACUUUGUUUAGAGAUUGAUAUUGUUGCUUGUCACGCUCGUGAUGUACGAGUGGAGGGUUUCAUUACAGCAAUAGGAAUCGCAGCAGACACGCUUUAUUAUUAUCAACACUAAACACUGAUCUGGAUACAGCGCGACAAGAUGGCUUGUGUUAGAGGAUACACUGUUUUGAUUUGGCUCGUCACUGUGUUACUGUUGGUGGAGUGCAGAAGAGGUAAACAGAGCAGAUGCCCCCCUGGAUGCACGUGCAGUAAAGAUAAUGCCCUGUGUGAGGAUGUGAGAUCAGUACCACACAGCUUCCCUCCUGAUGUCCUGUCACUAUCAUUUGUGAAGUCUGGAUUCAGUGAGAUUGCAGGUGGAAGUUUUCUUCACACACCGUCUCUUCAGCUCCUAUUGUUUACAUCAAAUUCAUUCGAAUCUAUCAAUGAAGAUGCUUUCCAGGGUCUGCCCCAUCUGGAAUAUCUGUUUAUUGAAAACAACAAAAUUGAAUCGAUUUCACCCCAUGCCUUUAGAGGUUUGAAAUCUCUCAUACAUCUGAGUCUUGCCUACAAUAAUCUUGAGACAUUGCCCAAGGAUAUUUUUAAAGGAAUGGACUCGUUAACAAAAGUAGAUCUGAGAGGAAACAUGUUCAGCUGUGAUUGUAAACUUAAGUGGUUGGUGGAUUGGAUGUACAGCACCAAUGCAACAGUGGACCAGUUACACUGCAACGGACCUGCGGCCUAUCAAGGAAAGAAGAUCAAUGACCUCGUACCUCAGUCUUUUGACUGCAUUACAGCAGAGUAUGUUUUAAGAAAGACCCUUACAUUCGAGUCCAUAUCUGUGGAGGCCUUCACGUUUGAAAACGAUCAGUAUGUUGUGUACGCACAACCCUUUUCUGGGAAAUGCAGCUUCAUGGAAUGGGACCACGUCAACAUGGAGUUCAGAGCUUAUGACACUAUUGAAAGCACGUCCACUGUGGUUUGCAAGCCAAUGGUUAUUGAAAACCAACUUUUCAUCAUUGUUGCCCAACUUUUUGGUGGCUCACACAUCUACAAAAGGGACAGUUCUGCCGAAAAAUUCAUCAAAAUCCAGGACAUUGACAUCCUGAAGAUCAGAAAGCCGAAUGAUAUUGAGACAUUCCGUCUGGAUGGCGAGUUCUUCUUCGUGAUCGCAGACAGCUCCAAGGCCGGCUCCACCACAAUUUACAAAUGGAACGGCAAUGGGUUCUACUCUCACCAGUCUCUCCAUCCCUGGUUCCGAGACACAGACGUGGAGUAUCUGGAGAUUGCCGGCAAGCCCCACCUCAUCUUGUCCAGCAGCUCUCAGCGGCCUGUUAUCUAUCAGUGGAACAAAAGCCAAAAGCAGUUCGAUCGACGGACGGACGUUCCAGAAAUGGAAGACGUCUAUGCUGUCAAACACUUUAAGGUGAAGGGGGAGCUGUUUAUCUGUCUGACACGCUUCAUUGGUGACUCCAAGGUGAUGACUUGGGAUGGCUCUAUGUUCAAGGAGGUGCAGACGAUGCCCUCACGGGGCUCAAUGGUAUUUCAGCCCCUUUCCAUCGGCAACUGGCAGUACGCCAUCUUAGGCAGUGACUACUCGCUGACCCAGGUCUAUCGAUGGGAUGCCAAGAAGAGUCAGUUUGUGCACUUUCAAGAGCUCAACGUUCAGGCACCGAGAGCUUUUUCGCUGGUGUCCAUUGAUGACAGAGAGUUCCUGCUGGCCUCCAGUUUUAAAGGGAAGACACAGAUUUAUGAGCAUCUGAUGAUCGACCUCAGCAGUUAGACGCUGAUGUGCCGUGUCGAGGGCUUUGACUUACGCUAUUGUAAGUCUCUGUCUAUUGUGAAAGAACGUGCAUGAUCUAGUGCUUAUGACGAUAAUAAUCAUUCCUGACCAUUGCCUCUCUAGAAACAACUCUUGUGUCCAUCUCUGUUGUCAUCAUCUGUUUUUCACUUUUCAGUCUCCUCGUUUUUUUGUCUCUGUUAACAAAAGCUAUUGUUCACUCGUUCUCUAGUGAUUGUCUCACUAAAGAGGUACGAUAAGAAAACAAAACUGUUAACAUAAUUUGCCAAAAUAAACUGUUUACAAUUUUACUGGGAUAAACUAUUUUUAAACUUUUUUACACAGAAACUAACACGUUGGGUGUGACAAAUGUUUUUCAGAAAUUAUUUCAUUUAAUAAAUCAUAAUGCAAUAAAGUUAGAUUUAGCUCAGAUCUAAUUGAGAUCUAAUUUAGCUCAGAUUAACUGUGAGUUGUUUUUUUAAUUUUAUGUCUGUUUGUUAGAUCAAAUAAAACUG